GGCAUUCAGACCUUCAUCCUCGCGAAGGAUAACGCGCAGGACCUCCCACGAACAUUACGAACAAUUGAUAAUACAAUUAAACGUUUAGCGCGCGUACAUGGUAUUCAACUCGAUUCCAACAAAAAACAAAGUGCAGUCAUUAAUUAAUUUAAUGCAUGUGUACAAUAUCCUGGAAGUACAAAGAGGAUACACGGUAUAUAGCCUGCCUGCUCGAAGAAGUGCUUUAAAGGAUUGUGUUGUUUGCCGUGCACGCUGCCCAUAACAACAGGACUCGCGAUUGCCUUUUAAGGUGACGCUAACUGCCACCAAAAGUACAACAAAGGAAAACAAGAUGUUCCAAGGCAGCGCUAAAAAACACAUUCGAUCGGCUCGAAGUGAUUAGGUCAGGCCAGAGGACCCUAGAUUAUAAUCCCCCAGAGAGCCCUCAGGAUGCACCAGGUACUCAGCUACGAGACGGCGGUGCGGGCCAACAGCUCCCGCGAGUUCCGCGAGUACGUGUCCAAGCGCACUUGUGCCUCCCUGGUCCUAACGAUUGCCUUCUUCAUGCUGAUAACAGGAUACUUGCUGGGCAAUUUCGUGGCCGAGCGCAAGUACCACAUACGCCAGAUGACAAAGGGCGUGCUAAAGGAUGUGGACGCCGAGAGGUCCGUGAAGCUGAAUAGCGCCGAGUAUGCCAGCCUGCAGGAGCUGCAAACGUACCAGAAGGCCAAGGGCAAGCUGCUGGCCUCCGCCCAGGACCUGGACAAGCUGCAGCAGCUGGAGGAGACGGAGCGCUACCUGGCCACCUCGCUGAACACGGAGAUCUUCAACAAGUACAUCUCCUGCACGCAGGACAUCCCACCCAACACGAACAUAGCGGCCAGCCAGUUCACGGAGCAGCUGAUCGACAAUACGGUGGCCAGGCAGCGCCAGUGCAUGCGCAUCAUCCAGGGGGUCAUCGACAAUCACCUGGCCAACAGCCAGCUCUAGGUGCGGGAUUCUAGACGGGAUUUACGGUUUAGUGGGCCAACGUUCAGAACUUAUCACUUAUGUAUGUGCUUUUAGGUGUGCUCAAUGUGUGUGUUUCCAGCUAACUAGAAGAUAACUUUUGUAAUUUACAGAACUUUUUAUACGUGUCAGCAUUAAAAGAAAGGCUAUUAAUAAAUGUGUGGUUAAUAACUUUUC